AUGAGCGACUUCGACGAGACCACGUCGUUUCUGGGCAACUACGGGUCUUUCCAAAUUCUUAUAAUGGUUCUGCUCGGAUUGAGUGCGAUUCCUUGCGGAUACAUGCCCGUGAUCGUGGUGUUUGUUUCGGAUACACCCGAGCACCACUGUAAAGUGUGGAGCAACUCCACGAUCGAGGGCGCGCACGUCGAGCCGCCCUUCCAGGCGCGCAGCAGCUGGAUCGGGCCGGACAGCUGCUCGCGGUACAAAGUGCACGCCAACUGGACUGGGCCGGUGGAGCUGGGCAACGCCACGGAGGAGUGUGUGGACGGCUGGGUCUACAGCACUGAGAUAUACGCUGCCACCAUCGUGUCUGAGUGGGAGCUGGUGUGUGACAAUGCAUGGAAGGUCCCUUUUUCCACGUCCCUAUUUUUUGUUGGAUCCCUGUUUGGAUCCUUUAUUAGUGGCCACCUCUCAGACCGGUUUGGCAGAAAGCCUGUGUUUUUCUUCACCUUGGUCUUCACCCCAGUCACUGCCUUGAUCCAGGCCACCUCUGUCAGCUGGGUCAUGUUCUGUAUCUGCAACUGUCUGAAAGGAAUUGGCACGAUAUCCAAUUACAUCACGUCGCUCAUACUGGGGGCCGAGCUGCUGAGAGACUCUGCCAGGGUGAGCUUUACUUUUCUGGGCCACAGUCUGGGUUUUGGCCUUGGUUAUGCUUUGUUGCCGCUCUUUGCCUACUUCAUACGAGGCUGGAGGAUGCUGCUGGUUGCUUCCGCCAUUCCCGGCCUCCUGCUUGUUCCGACAUGGUGGCUGAUUCCUGAGUCUCCACGUUGGCUUUUGCAGAAAGGUCGGGUGGAGGAGGCUGAGCUCGUCAUACGCAAUGCUGCAAAAAGGAACCGAGUCCCUGUCCCUGAGGUCUUAUUCAAGGCUGGAGAGGGCUUAGAGCUAAUGCAGCUUGAAGACAAAGCCCAGCAGACAUUCACAUAUAUGGACCUGAUACGCACCCGUAACAUGAGGAAUAUUACAAUUCUAGGUUGUUUCAUAUGGAUGACUGUGUCCAUGGUCUUUUAUGGCCUCGCUCUUAAUACUAGUAACAUGAAUGGAAACGUCUACCUCAACUGCUUCAUCUCUGCAGCCAUCGACAUUGUGAUAUACAUAGCCACUUGGCUGCUGGUGAGCCGGGCUCCGAGACCCAUUUUCCUCUUCUCCUCAAUGAUGUUUUGUGGCAUCAUGCUUCUGAUCAUCAAGCUGGUUCCUGAUGACAUGCAUCUCAUGGUUCAGGUGUUGGGCUUGCUGGGGCGGAUAGGCGUGUCUGCUGCUUACAGCUUUAUCUACUUGUUCUUCCCUGAGCUGAUCCCCACUGUCGUCAGGAACAUGGGACUAGGGGUCGUCUCCAUGGGUGCCCGAGUAGGCACCAUCCUUUCUCCGUAUGUGAUUUACUUAGGAGUUUACUGCAAGAUCCUGCCAUACUUGGUUUUCGGCACAUUCAGCAUCAUGGCUGCUGUUUUUAGCGUGUUACUGCCAGACACCAGAAACCGCCAACUUCCGGACCUCAUCAGCCAGGUCCAGCCCAUCAGAAGUUCAGCAGCACCACACUCUGCACCCUCCGACAUGAUCGUAAAGUUGGAUCAUCGCCUCUCUCACACCAUCUCAACAUAA